AUGAGCAGCAACAAAAUAACUUUUGAAUUCCCUGGCCCUGGUAUUGAAGCUAGGCCUUUAGCUUCUUCACUGGGUUCCUGGAACCAUACAACCUCCCCAAUGGGCAGACCUAUGACUGAAGUUGUGCAGGCUAGAGCUGUAACCCUUGGUUACAGGUCCUCCCUGACCUAUGGAUCAUCCGUUGAUCUUCUAGGCCAGUCCAGAAGUCGUUUCCCUUCAAUAGAAUCAAAUAGUGAGGACAUGACUGAGGAGAUCAUAAUCCUGGAAAAGAAAGUGAAAGACCUGAUAGAAGAAAGCUGUAUGGCAAAGAGUACCGGAGACUUACAACUGGCUCUUGAAAAAGCCAAAGAGUCAGGGAGGAACGAGAGAGUGCUGGCAAAUCUAAGGGAAGAGUCAGGCAGUUGGAACAUUAACGUAGUCCUUACCUGCUCAGUUUUGCUCAAUCUUGCCAACCAGUACGAGAACAAUGAAAUGUACACAGAGGCUCUAAACACCUACCAGCUCAUUGUGAAGGACAAGAGGUUUAUUAAUGGGGGAAUUCUUAGAGUCAACAUGGCAAAUAUCUACUUCAAAAAGAAAAACUAUACCAAAGCAAUUAAGUUCUACCAAAUGGCACUAGAUACAAUUUCCAAUGAUCACAAGAUUAUGAGGAUGAAGAUCAUGCAGAAUAUUGCCAUGGUCUUUGUUCACAUAGGCCAAUAUUCAGGUGCCAUAACGUCACUUGAACACAUAAUGACUGAGAGCCCCAAUAUCAGGACAGGCUUCAACCUUGUCCUAUGCUUCUACGCCAUUGGUGACUCGGAGAGGAUGAAGAAGGCCUUUCAGAACCUCAUUUCAGUUCCUCUUGGCAUCAUUAACAAAGAUAAGUUCAUUCCAUCUGAUGACGAUAACAGUGCAAAUACAGCAAUUGAGGGAACUAAGAAAGACAAACUUCACCACAUGGAGAGAAAUGUAAAUGCCCUGGCUCUUAAGUAUAUCAUAACUGCAGCUAAGCUCAUUGCUCCAGUUAUUGAGACUUCUUUAGCAACUGGUUUAGACUGGUGUAUGGACUUGGUGAAGAGUUCUCAGUAUUCUGAGGCAGCCAAUGAUCUGGAGAUCACCAAGAUCAUUAACUCUCUUAGAAAGAAGGACUUUAACCUACAUGUGGUAGUUGAAACCCUGAAAACAUUAGUGAGGAAGGACAGCAGCGUGAAGAUUGCAGCUGCCACCAACCUCUCUUCCCUUUAUUUCCUGAAGACUGACUAUGAACAGGCUAAGCAAUAUUCUGAUUCUGCCAUGAAUGCUGAUAGCACUAACCCAACAGUGCUUGUCAACAAGGGCAACACAGAGUUUGUCAAGCAGGAGUAUAAAAAGGCCACAGAAUUCUACAAAGAAGCAUUGAGAAGUGAUUCCUCUAGUACUGAGGCCCUCUAUAAUCUGGGUCUAUCCAAUAAGAAACUGAAUUGUUUGGAGGAGUCUCUGGACUGCUUUCUGAAGCUUCAUGCCAUUCUGAGGAACAAUGCCCAAGUUAUGUACCAGCUGGCCCACCUUUAUGAACUUCUUGAGAAUCCCAAAGAGGCAAUCAAGUGGUUGAUGCAGGUCAUCAGUCUAACUCCCACUGACCCCAAAGUGCUGGCCAAACUGGGAGAGCUGUAUGAUCAUGAGGGGGACAUGCCCCAGGCUUUACAAUAUUACUAUGAGUCUUUCAGAUGUUUCCCUUCCAACAUUGAUGUGAUCAAGUGGCUUGGAACCUACUACUACAAGAAUCAGUUCUUUGAAAAAGCUAUUCAGCACUUUCAAAGAGCUUCUCUCAUCGAACCAACGCAUGUGCAGUGGCAGCUUUUGGUGGCAAGCUGCUACAGAAAAAGUGGAAACUACCAAAAAGCAUUGGACAAAUAUAGAGACAUCCACCACAGGUUUCCACAGAAUGUACAAUGUCUGCAUUUCCUGGUGAGGCUAUGUGCAGACAUGAAAUUAAAGGAAGGCAGAGAAUACACCACCACGCUAAAAAAGGUGGUGAAGAUGAAGGAGACCAGAGAAUUGCUAAAGGGCAGUACUGAGAACAGCCUGAUGGGGAGACCAAAGAUGGGAGCCAAGAAGCGUGCAGAAGAUGUCACCUUCACAGAUUUAGAGCUGAGAGAUGACCUCCUUCCAGAGUAG